CCUGAAAUUCCGCAGGACCAUAAACUUAACAAUAUUAAAUAAAGAAUGACAAAAUAUACUCAAAAAGGUUUAAUUUUUUUUAUUACUGCUUCAUUGCUUUUUGUCAGAUCAUACCAAGAAUGUGAUCAAACUUUUGUAUCCAGAGCAGGAACAAACUCAAAUGGAACUUUUAGCGCUCCCAAUUUACUUAAUCCUUCCAAUUCUCUCAAACAAUGUCUGUACAUAUUUUUAGCAGGACCCGGCCAGCGGGUUGAUGUAAAGUUUAAUACUUUUAAUUUGAGAGGUAAUCCACCUGAUGGAUCUGCCGUAGGAGAAAUACCUGCAUGUCUGCACGAAUACAUGGAUAUAUAUGCAGAAAUACAAUCCUCAGACCCAGCAGAGUUGAUAAAUUCCCCUUUUAGUGGCAGACAUUGUGGGCCAAUACCACCCAGGAGACGAGUAUCGCUAUACAGAGCAAUAGCAUUGUCAUUCUUUACUACAAAAAAUGUUACAACUCCAGAUGUAUUUGAAGGCACAUACGGAUUUAUAAAUGAAUCUGAAUAUGAAGUUGGUACACCGGUUGUUGGAUCACCAUGUUCAUAUGUUGUGAAUUUUGCUCAAAAACGUACUGGAGUAAUUAUUUCUCCGACUUAUCCAGGUGCGUACCCGAAAGCCAUGUCUUGUACUUAUCAAUUUAUUGGAAAGCCUGGACAAAGAGUGAGAAUCGAAAUGAGGGACUUCGAUUUGUUUUAUGGAGGACCUCAUUGUCCAUUUGAUUUUGUUCGAAUAUACGACGGAGCAGAUAGUAACGCUGCUGUAAUAGGAACAUAUUGUGGCCAACAACGAAAUUUAGUACUUUACUCAAGUGAAUCUAAUUUGUUCAUUCAUUUUUACACUCUACGACGAACUGCAAAUACUCAAAAUAGAGGUUUUAAAGGAAUUUUUGAAUUUAGUGAAAGUUUUGUUAAGCUCGACUUCAUACGAGAAAAUGCCGGUGUCCAUAUAAGAGGAACUGAAUGUGACCAAAAAAUUUUAUCCAAACGAGAGAGCUCUGGUUUUGUUUACUCUCCUAACUAUCCAUUCCCUUACAUACCUAAAGUAGUUUGUAGGUAUUUUAUAUAUGGGAUGCAAGAUGCUCAAAACCUUGAAAGAGUUCGAAUGGAAUUUUCCAUAUUUGAAAUUCCAAAGGGAGAUCAUAAAGACAAAGGAGACUCAAAUUGCACAGACGGUUAUCUUAAAAUGUAUCUCAAAGGGCAAGAAGUUGAAGGAGCAUAUGAUAAAUUUGAUCAUGAAUUUUGUGGAAAUGAAUUACCGUACGCAGUUGUUAGUGAUGGUCCUCGGCUUGUUAUGGUAUUCAGCUCGGGAGAGCUACAAGGAAGAGGAUUUAAGGCAAAAUACUCGUUUGAAACUGAAUAUAAAAUACCAGGUACAGCAGCUCCGGACGGAAGUUGUAGUUUUACUUACAAGAGCACAUCAAGGAAAAAAGGAGAAUUCAAUAGUCCGAGAUAUCCUUCAAAUUAUCCUUCAGAUACCAACUGCUCAUUUGUGUUUUUAGCUACACCAAAUGAACAAGUUACUAUAAUUUUCGAUAAUUUCAAAAUAAGAGCCGAUAACGCAAAUUCUACUGGAGGAGCUUAUGGGAAUACAGUAUGUUAUGAAGAUUGGUUAGAGCUAUAUGUGUUAUACAGAGAUAAAAGUGACUUGUUUUUAGGACGUUAUUGCGGCUAUACUUCUCCAGGUCCUGUUGAAAGUCCUAGAAAUGCAGUUGGGUUGAAAGCAAUUUUACAUACUGAUAGUGAAAAUGUAGCAAGUGGUUUUAAAGCACGAUAUAUAUUUGAAGUAGCUAAGUCUAUCUUUGGAGAUUGCGGCAGUAAUUUCACAGGUCAAGAUUACGGAAUUGUAGUGUCUCCAAAUUAUCCAUCAAACUACUUGGGUCCUGGAAAAGGACUUGCCUCAAAAACGUGUAAUUGGUAUAUUACCGCUAGAACAGGCUAUAAAUUACUUUUGAAUUUUGAAUCUUUUGCCGUUGAAGGAGAUCCUUCAACUAGAGGAUGUGCAGCAGCUGUAGUAAGAGUUUGGUUGUCUCCGGAAUUCGAUGUACCUCCUUUAGAGCAUUGUGGUGAAAAAGGAGCAACCGAACAUUGGCAAUAUGUCUCUCAGGGGCAAACCACCAGAAUAAGUUUCACGAGUGCAGAUAAAGCUAUUGGGGCGCAAGGGUUUCGAUUAAUUUGGACCGAGGUUCAGGAUAUGAACCAAGUAGCACAACAUUCUGGUUCUAGUUCCUCCACCACUUGUGAGCCAAUGUUUCAUUUUCAAUGUGAAGUAUCAAAUUACUGCAUUUCAACUAAAUUAAAAUGUAAUGGAGUGAAAAAUUGUGGCUCAGAUGAUAACAGCGAUGAAAUUAAUUGUUAGUUUGUUUCAGAAUUCAAUUCAUCUGUGAAUAAAUAUAUGUAUUAUUAUUUU